UCCUUCAGCUUUUUGUAGCUGUAUCAUCAUACAACAGGUCGUUAUGUAAACACGACUUGUCGAUUCAAGGAAAACUGACUACAGAGAGUCGAACGCAUCGCUGAUUGCGUUUACAUGAGUUGACAGGGUGGCGACUCGGUGUCAUAUUCAUAGGAGUUUAGUUUCGUGGCUCUGAUGAAACUUAUUCAACAUGUCGGGACAGACAGAACGAAAAACAAACGGACAUGUCGAUACCCAAAGUACAGAAACGGCUACACAUCUAAAGUACUUCAGUCUGGUAACUUUGAUGCUACAGAACGCAGUCUUUAUCCUGAUGAUGCGUUAUGUCCGCACUCGUCCCGGCGACAUGUUCAUGUCCACCACCGCCGUCAUCAUGUCCGAAGUCCUCAAGUUCCUAGCCUGCUUCAUCAUCAUCUUCUACAAGGAGGGGAGUGUUAGAGCGUUUCUGUCACAUCUCAACGAGAACAUCAUACAGCAGCCUAUGGACUGCCUGAAGAUCUCUGUUCCGUCCAUCAUAUACACCGUGCAAAAUAACCUUCUCUUUGUCGCUGUCUCAAAUCUGGACGCAGCAGUUUUUCAGGUGACAUACCAGUUGAAGAUCCUGACGACGGCGCUGUUCUCGGUGCUAAUGCUGGGUAAGCCCCUGAGUCGCCUCCAGUGGCUGGCCCUCUUCAUCCUGUUCUGUGGGGUGGCCCUGGUCCAGGUCCAGCCCUCCAACUCCUCCCAAAGCAAGGUCGCCGUGGAGCAGCGCCCCCUGCUGGGACUGGUAGCUGUCCUGGUCCAGUGCUGCCUCUCUGGAUUCGCUGGAGUCUACUUUGAGAAAAUCCUGAAAGGAACCAAUCAGAGUAUCUGGCUGCGAAACGUCCAGCUGGGAAUCAUAGGAUCUGUGAUCGGCUUAAUCACCAUGGAAAUCAACGACGGGCCGAAAGUCACGGAGAAAGGCUUCUUUUUCGGCUAUGACUACGUAGUGUGGACCGUCAUCUGUCUGCAGUCGUUUGGGGGUCUGGUCGUGGCUGUGGUGGUCAAGUAUGCAGACAAUAUCCUCAAGGGUUUUGCUACAUCUGGUGCAAUUAUCAUAUCUUGUAUAGCAGCUAUUUACUUUUUUGACUUUCACUUGUCCCUACAGUUCUUCGUUGGUGCAACAUUGGUCAUUAUAUCCGUUUUCAUGUACAGCAAAUAUGUCCCUAUGAAACCCAUUGCUACUUUAACUGUAAACCAAAAGGUUUGAUGUUGUCCAGUUUUUAACAUUUAGAUCUGCUUAUGAUACAGAGUUUGUUCACACAUGUGUUUCUUAUUGUUAUUUGAAAACCAAGUUUGUGUCCUAUUUUUUGUAUGAUGUUAUGAAAACCAAUUUUAUCUUGUUCUUGUAUAUAACUAUAUAAUUUGUUAUUUUAACGAAAUGUUAUGCAAUCUUACGAACACAAUGCAAAAUUGUGUUUCUUUAUAGCCAACAACAGGCGAAUUGACAAUGACAAUUAGCACAAAAAGAAAAUUAGCACAAAAAGAAGUUGUUAGUGAUUACUAGCAUGAUCGUUCUUAUAAAUUAUAUACACAUAUCAACAAACUUGAUUCCUUUUCCCUGCAAUAAGCAUUCCAUUGUAUUUUAUCUGAUUUACAUUAUUUUUUAAAUUGUUUCAUAAGUUGUUGCUUUUUUUUCCCAGGAAGGCAAAUAUUAGUUUCUUUAAUUCAUUAAACCCAGUAUUUAUUCUAGGAUUUUUUUUUGGGGGGGGGGGGG